AUACCUCUGGUGGCUUUUCCAUCGAGCCAGAGUCUCCAGAAAGGGAAAAACAAACCACAGAGUCACUGUUUCUUAACCGGACAGCAAAUCUUUUAGGAAUGGCGGCUCCCAACCUCAGGAUUACUGCUUGGCUGUUUGUGAUCUCAGUUACUUUUUUUCUUUUAAUCAUAUCAUCGGGAUAUUAUCAAAAAGCAUCAGCCUGACUGCUGUCUCAGGAAAAUUCAGACACAGAGGUGAAGGCAGUUUGUUUGAGUACUGGGAUAUCAUAAGAAACUCAACUUCACCUCCUCCUGUGUUCACCACAUCACAUAAACCUAAAAUUGCUGACGCCACAAAAACAGUCCCGGCGACAAAGCUAAAAACCGACCGUGUCGCAGCCACCACGAGUGCCCCCGUGGCCGAGACUCCCAUGCCCAUCCUCUCCAAGAGUUCCUUCCAGAGGCUUCCUCAGUGGGAUUUUGAGGAUGUUUAUAACCAGGAUGCCCCACCCAGACAGACAACGUGUGCCCAGUCUCUGCGCAAAUCUGAGGAUCAGAGCUUCAAGAAGGCUUUUCUUCCCAACAUACGUCUUUAUCUGCACAAAGACAACUUCAACAUGAGCGAGUGGAACCGACUUUCACAUUUUAACAACCCGUUUGGUUUCAUGGGAUUCAAAUACGAAGAGGUGAUACCUGCAGUGAAGUUGAUCCCGAAGCCGAACGAGCCGCUGCUGCUUCCAAAGCCCGGCAGUGGCGGGUGCGUGCGCUGUGCCGUGGUGGGCACCGGGGGGAUCCUCAACGGCUCUAAAAAGGGGAAAGAAAUCGAUUCUCACGAUUACGUUUUCCGUGACAGAUUGCGAUGCUUGUUACAGGUUUUUUUUGCGGUAAGAAAGUGACAAUUGCAAAAAAAGUUACGAUUCUUGAAAAAUUUGAAGAAAACAAUCAAUGCAUAUGCAGCAGCAGUAAUGUUGUUGUGGUAUUCAGAAGAGAAAAAAAGCCAAAAACUACAAAGAAUUACUUAAAUUAAAAUUAUUUAAUUUAUAAAUUAUUUUAUAUAGAUAAAUUCACACAUUGGCAGACGUCUGUCGGCUCUAGCGAAGAUGAAUUCUGCCCAGAAACAGCAGCAGUGAUGCUAACAGGCUAUACAAAGUAAGCUCUUGCAGGUUUUCUUUCAUUCGUAGUAUUUUUUGGGGUCUUAUUAUGCCUUAAAUGUAUCGAGGCAGCUGAGGAAUGACGGGGGAAAGUGGGGAUAGAUAGAUAGCAAGAGGGAAUGAGGUCCGAGCGUCUCACAGUUACUGAGAAAUUAUCUGUGUUUAUCUCCCAGAUAAAGUCAGCACAGAUUAAGAGCACGAAGCCCUUCUGUCGUCGUGGUAGUACCAAAACACCACGUAUAGCUGAUAGUCUCUCAUUCAACGUGUGUUAGUGAGAGAGGUAAGAACGUAAGAACGUGUGUUAAUAUAGGAUUUAUUGGCCAGGGUCGAUCGGUAGAUACAAAUAACUGCACUGAAUUUAAAGGGAUGGUGAACACUUUUUUUAUGCAUUACUUUUGUGUUUCGGGUAUUAGCCGUGUUUCCAUCCCAACUAAUCGCAAGUUUUAACCAAGUUAAUCUGCAAAAGAAAACGCAAUUGAAUGGUUGGAGAUGGUGCAUUAUGUAGAGCCAGUUGAACCACAAAUGUGAAGAAAAAACGAUGCAGAAAACACACCAGAAGUACACGUGUUAUGUAUUAAUGUGAGGAAGGUUACAUCGGGUCUGUGUGACGCGACUGUUAAUGUUUUUAUUGAAUCAUGGGAGCAAUGUCCAGGUAGAAACAGUGAAUUAAAUGUUUGCUACAUCAGAACAUAAAACACAUUGAUGGACACGGGCUAUUGUUUAUUUUUUAGGUUAAAGUUAAAUUAUAUGAUAAUAAAAAUAUAUAUAUGGAAGUGUAGGAUAAUUUAUUGCAUUUGGUGUGCGUUUUAUCAUUCUGGGAAUGAUGCAAAACAUUAAUAUAUUAUCAAGGUGUAAUGUGUGAGUGUGUUUUUUUUAUUGUGAUUUGGGGUUAAUUAUUUUGAUUUUGAAAGGGCUACGAAUGGUUCCUCCUCUCCUGUCUUACUUACUUCAGCGUCUGGUCGGACAUUAUUGCAUGAAGUAUGCGGGCGUUACAAACCAGAAACACCUCACAUGGAAGUUGCGUGUGAACGUUUGUUUUAAGGAUGGGAACCAACCAUCCCUCCGCUGUAUAAUGAGCACUUUAAGUUCACACCUCUGUACUUUGACUUUGUAAGAUUUUUUAACUUUAUAAUGGAAUAUAUGUUUGUAUUUAAAUAAAGGAUCUUGAAUA